GUAAGGCCCUGUUACUUUGCUGUCACUUCCCUUACUGAAGUGGGAAGACAGUCCUCCUGUGAAGCAAAUGGAGCAUUUCUUCCAGCACAUGCUUUGCAAAACUAAGCUAUACCUCUCUUUUUUAUCAUUUGGUUUCAUGUUUCUUGCAGACUGGUUUCAUAAUUGGUUUCAUAAUUUCUUGCAGAUUACUUUAUAUUUUCAGUCCAGUCUUCAUCUAGCAGCAUCUUCCAUGCUCUUCUUUUUCCAAAUCCAUUUUGAAAUUUCUCCAUUUUGAACAAAUCGUUCUUAAAUAGAUUGCUUCUAUUUCUAGCAGAGUCCUAUCCUUGUAGAGUCUCUAAGCAUAUGUUUCAUCUGUCAGAUGUCCUAGGGCAUGCUUUGAGAAGAACAUUUGGGUUGAGACUCAGAGACUUGUGUGCUUCUUUGCACAGAUGUGGACCAUGGUGUCUCACUGCAGGCUGGAUUAGCAGUGAACUACAUCAAUCCUUGGAUGUUGUGUUCCCUGCAUGAAAGGGUGGUGGGAAUGGCUCACAAUUAAUAUGCUGGAAGAGAAACUCGAAGAUCUCUUUGUGAACUGGGGGUGACAGCAAAAGCAAUAACACAGGUUUCAUGUCUCAGAGAUUUCCUUCACUUCUAAUGACACCUUUGUCUGUGCUUUCUGGCAUGCAGCCUUGCAUGGGCUGCACUUGCAGAAGGUGCUGUCCUCACCCUCCAUCAAAGUCCCUGAAUAUGUGAUGAGUGGGACACAUGGUGAUGCUUUCACAGUGGGAAUACCAUAAAUUUCUUCACCACGAGCAGCUCCCAGAAAAGCAAAUCUAACACCCUCAUCUCAGCAGGUUCCCAAGGUUCCUCGUGAGCCUGAGUGCGUCUCUGCUACAAGGCUGCCUGUCUCUGGGGACCAUGUCCUUGUUCCCAUGUGUCACAGAGUUGCUGGGUACCAUGCCCACAGCUGUAGAGGACUCAGGGACAUAACUCUCUGGUAUGAGGACUGGAUACAGAACCAUUUCCCCCACUUGGCAUGUGCAGGCUGCUGCUGAACCGUAACAACUCUUGUAUGGUCACCAAGUGGAAGAAGGGAGGUCUGCUGGAUAACUUGGUGUGUGUCAGCAGUUAGUUACAUUGCCCUCUCUCUGGAUAAUAUUUUACUCCUGUUUUUGAGGUUUUUGCUGUCCUUGCAUGUUACACGCUGUAGAAUAAAACAUUCUCUCCAACAUGGAAUACGUUUGGGGAAGGAUGAGUGAGAAAUCAUGGAAUACAAAUUGAUAGAAAUCCUUUAAUUUUUGCUUUCCAGAAAAUCUGAUCACAGAAAGCUGUGUUAUACGUCAUUGAAACUUCCAAAAUAUGCAUUUGUGAAAUGUGCAGGAGACUUAGCACUGUGGGCAAAAGUGCUCAGUUCCUCUGAGAGUCAACCCAGUGGGCAGCAGCUGAGAAAUUUUCUCUUUGCUGCCAAUGAGCCUUGGCUCUGACCUGGGGAAAUCUCAUCAGGAGAAGUACAGUUCAGAUCAUGGUUUGGCAAGCCCUUCACUGCAUCGGGACUUUGGCUUCCAGGUUCAGCUGGGGGCACAGCAUAACGUCCAGCACAGGGCUCUUGCGCAAAAAUAGAAAUGGGCAAUGUGGCAUUGUCAUGGCUGGUUCCCCUCGACCAACAAGUCUUUUAUUCCCCUCCUCAGAUCACCAUCUUCUACUGAAAUUAAAAAAAAAAAAAAAGGUAUUGGAUCAGUCCCAUAAAAUCCCUCUUCCCUGCAGAUCAAAGCAUCAGGGUGAGGGCAGCAGUGAUAGAUCCUUGCUGAUGAGCUGACUCUGGAAAUAGGUCAGGAGGCUGAGCAAGAUGUGAAGCAGCAGAACUCCUCCAGGGGAUGAGAAAACUGCCCUGUGAUCUGAAAAGGAAGCUUCCCAUGUUCUGGCAUUUAUUUCUGGAUGUGUGCAUAGACGAUGAGCAGGCAGAAGGGCUCUGGCGCAGCGUUGCAGGGCUACGGGGGAUUACUUAUUCACCGUGUACUUGGAACAGAUCCAGCCUCUCUGUUACUGCCUCCAGUGAACAAAUUCAUCAAGUAUCCACGAGGCUCACAAUCCCUUGAGGCAGGAGAAGACAGGAAGGUGAUUCAUAUUGCAGAUCACGCUGGCUCUCCGCGGGGCUCUAGUAAAGCAGAGCCGGCAGCUUUCCUUCUACCGCCUCCCUAACGCUUGUUGGGGUCAUUGAGGCAGCAGACUCAGUCCAGAUGGAUUUCAUUGCGGGGGCCAUUGGAGGUGGAGGCACUUGAUUGGUACUGGAGCCAAGGUCAGCAGGAGCCCUUCAGAAUGAGAUGCAAUGGGAAAUCGGCAUGGGACAACCUGUGGCUGCUGCCCGCUGCCAACUGGACAGGUGGCCCCAGGUGGCCUAAGCACAGCAGUGGGGUAUCCGCUGGACACAGUGAAGGUGAGGAUUCAGACCGAGGGGCAUUACAAUGGCAUUUGGCACUGCAUUCAAGAAACAUACAGGACAGAAAGAGUUUUGGGAUUUUACAAAGGUGUGUCAGCAUCAGUCUUCACAGUGUCGCUGAUCUCCUCUGUUUCAUUCGGCACAUACAGAAACUUCCUUUGUAACAUCUGCAAGCUGCGGUACGGCACAGCCGACGCCAAGCCAUCGGGGCUGGAUGUUUCUCUGGCUGGAAGUGCUGCUGGUGCUGUGCGGGUUGUGCUUAUGACACCCAGUGAGGUAGCUAAAGUUCGGAUGCAGACCCAGAGGAACCCCCAUUCCUCUGUCACAUCCUCCCAACCCAAGUACCGAGGGUCUCUGCACUGUCUGAAGGUGAUCGCCAAGGAGGAAGGCUUUGGGGGUCUCUACAAAGGCUGCUCUGCAUUGCUGUGGAGGGAUUGCUCCUCUUCUGCAAUAUAUUUCCUGACAUACUCUUCUCUCUGUGACUGGCUCACACCAGCUGGGAAAAACAAACCAGGUCUCCUGGUCGUGCUGCUCUCUGGGGGCUCUGCUGGAGUGCUGGCCUGGGGCCUGGCUACCCCCAUGGACGUCCUCAAGUCGCGGAUGCAGGUGGACGAGUCGGGACAGCACAAAUACAAAGGCCUCAUCCACUGCGCGAGAGAAAGCGUCAGAAAGGAGGGGAUCAAAGUGCUGUUCAAAGGCCUGGGUUUGAACUGCAUCCGCGCCUUUCCUGUGAACAUGGUGGUGUUUGUCACAUAUGAAGCUGUGCUGAGGUUUACAGAGCAUUUCACAAACAAAAAAUAGCAGAUGCAGCUCUAGCAAGAAGCAUGUUUUGUUCAGUUUGGUUUUGUAGCCCAACGUAGACAUGCACUGAGCUCUCCACUGGAGGGCAGCACAUGAAGCAGGGGCACUUCAGCACAGCACCUGUUGACCAACGGCUCUCACAUGAUUACACACUCAUCAGGGAAGCUUGUACUUGUGUACAACCUCUCUUUUACCUUGUUAAUGUAUUUUGACUGUAGCCACUGCUUAGGCCACUCAAAUGUGUGCAAUAUUUAUGCUCCAAAAAACUGCUGGUCUAAUUUGAGAAUUUGGUAAAGGUUUAAUUUUGUUCUCUACUAGCACAGAAAAAAAAACCCAAAACCUUCACUAUUGAGGCAGGAAUCAAGGGUUUUGUGUGCAAUAUAACACUAUACAACACAUUCUUUUUAUAUGUAGAGCUGCAAGGUAUCCACUGAGCACUCUCCAUAUGUGUGUCUCCAGCCUGAGCAGGCAGGCUGCUCAUUCCCAGGUGUAAUUCUGCCCAAGUACUCUACAGUUACAUCCCUUCAGUAGAGGCUGAAAUAUGAAUCUCUUUCUUUUCCAGUUGUUUUUUUAAGGAGUGGCAGACAUAGUCUACUCACACAAUCAUUCAGUGGCCUCACUGAAAGUGAAAACAGGCAUCAAUUCCCAUAAACCAUGUGAUUUCUUCCUUCUGGUCCCCUUUUAUAAGUUCGUAGCAUAGACUUGGCUACACAUACAGUUAUUUUGUAGCACGCAGGACUUGGCACGCACCCUGGACAGGGAAGAAUUAAUCUUGUACUAGAAGGGCAAGUUAAGAAAUUUCAGAUGCUACUAAGAAAGAAUAAAGGUGAUUUCUUUCAGAGAGAAACUAGUAUGAAAUUCCAGAACUAUCCUCCUGAAACCUAAACAUUCAGCUUGUUUUUUAAACUGCAUCAUGGCCAUGCUAUCAAACAGCUCCCAGAAUUUUUGUUUCUCACAAGUCUGUUAAUCUCUCACGUGAUCCAAUAGCAGCUUUAAGAUACUAGACAGGUGCAGAGCAUGGGGGGGAUUGAAAGAUCUGGCACGGAAUCUGAUUCUAUCCCAAAGUGCGUACGGCCUCAGUAACCUGUGACCCACACUUAGACCUUUAGGGCAUCAGCACCAAACCUCCUUUGGUUUGAAAGUGCUCACAACAGAAGAUUUAAUUAAGUCCUCAAGAUUUGGAAUUUCUCUUAAGACAAAUGCUAAGAGGCUUCUCACCUCUCUAUGAGGGAUGCAUCUGGCUGAGGCCUGCCCCGGUAGGGUGCUAACUCAUCCCAGCCUUGGCAGAGUGUUUUCUGAAAUCAAAUUCUUUUAUAGAAAAUUAUUCUCAGCUGACCUUCUCAAGCAUUACAUCCUGUGAACAGACAGCAAAAUACAUAGCUCUAUGUCAAGCAAAACAACCAUUUAUUAUUAGGUAGUGUUGAUACUGUCUGUGGUCAGCCCAAGGCUUGAAAAUAAACUCUAAUCAGCAGUAUCCCAACUUUCUCCAGUAGCUUAAAGCAUUCAUAUGACUAAAAGUGUCUUUGUGGUGGCCAUAACUUAUACACAGCUUGUUUCAAGAACCACGAAUUACAGCUGGAUUGGAAAAUUAGUGGGCACAGCUGUGGAAGCCAGUGAGAGUAGUUGAGAACAGUGAGCCUCUUCUAGGUACUCAGCAUUGUAAAAACUAGGUUCUCCUGGGGCCUGAACAGAUAAAUACUACAUGAGAGGUAAGUUUUAUCUUACAGAUCUUAUCAAUUUAUUUCAAGAAUCUAACUGCUUGCACUGUGUAGUGUGCUACAACCCCUUACUGGAAAAAAAGAAGACAAACCCAAUUUACCCAGGGUUUGACUGAUGAUCUGACAAUCUUUAAAACAAGAACUCACAGCAAUUUAUAUCAAGGUGAAUUAGCCACCAGGCAAGGGUACUGAAUGUGCAAGUACUGGAAACCUAGGCAUGUAAAUAAGAACCAACUUUUCUUUAAUGAUGUGACAUACUGUUUAUAUUGUGUACUUAACUCCAUAUGCAACAAGUUGUUUGCCUUGUACAUUUCAGAACUUGGCUGCUCUAUUUUCUGAUUACUUUGUAUUGCCUUGAUCUUCAGCUUCUGUAUUUGCUGCUCUGCUAAUCACAGAACUAUUUCUUCUGAUACAUUAUCUAUCUGAAGGCCAGCAAAACGAAGACACCAUAUAGCUCUCUGCAGAGACAAUUUCUUUCAGAAACAAACUUGCUGGCUGGCCUUGAAUAAAGAAAACUUUCUUUGGAAGGCACAUUCUGCUUUCAUGUCAUUGAUAGUUCCUGUUUUUUUUUUUCUUUUUCUUUUUUUCUCACAACGCUUAAGAAUAUCCAGGUAGGUUUCAGCGUGCCUCUUUGUGACUGGCGGAGCAGUGUAAAGCUAUUCACAACUUGUAUUCCUUAGCAACUGUAAUGGUAGAGUCACAUUAAGUAUUUUAUGUCAGACCUGUGGAAACAUUGCUCUAAUAGGUCAUAUUGACCUCUCUCUAUUUCUGAGCUGGCUGCUAUAUAAGGAAAUUCAACGCCCAGUCUUGCUUGUGACCUGUUAAUCUUUGGAGGACUGGCCCUUAUUACCUUGCUCUGGCAGCAAUCUGGAGUUUACUUGUUAAGACCAGAUGAAUGGGGUUAUAAGGCACUUUAUUUCACUGUUUGUAAGGCACUGGACAUCAAAACAGUGAUCGACUCCUUGUGAUGACUAAACAACAGAGGAAGUGUAAAUGAAGCCUUUUAAAAGUUAAAUAAAUUCAAAAAGCAAAACAAGUUGGAUAGACUUUUCACUGCGUUUUUUUAAUUAUAGUGAGAUAAACAAAAUAUGAACAAGUUGAGGAAAGCAUAAUCAACAUUGACUGAUAACUUUUCACCCGUACGUUUGAGGACUGCCUUGUCUUAACC